AUGGAUAUUCUUAUUGUGAAAGCACAGAAGAUUGAGGAAAUAGGACGUGCUGGGAGAGAUGGAAGGUUGUCCUACUGUCACCUAUUUUAUGAUGAUGAGAUAUAUUUCAAACUCCGUAUUCUAAUGUACAGUGAAGGAGUAGAUGAAUAUGCAGUGAAUAAAUUUCUGUCUGAAGUGUUUCCUGCUGACAAAAGCUCCUGUGGGAAAAUAUGUUCGUUAAUCAAAGAAUCUGCUUCACGCAGAUUUGACAUGAAGGAAGAGGUGAUUCUCACAGUUUUGACACGCUUAGAGCUGGGUGAUGUGCAGUACUUACAUUUACUUCCACAGACAAAUGUUACUUGUGUUCUGAAUUUUUAUAAGACUCCGGUUGUGUCCCUUGCCCAAAAGGUUUCUGCUAUUGCUGUGAUUCUGAAAAGGGGAAGGUAUACCAAGAUAGACUUUAAAGUGGUGAUGGAAGCAGCAAAGGAAGAACUUAAAAAAUUUAUUGGGAAGGAUAUUCUGUAG